AACUGAAUUUUGACCCGAAUUUGAUAUAGAAUUACGGAAGAAAAAGCGUGACAUGAUGAAGCUUCUUGCGUUAACCUGCCUAUUUACGAUUUCAACGGCAUUUGGCCCUGGCCCCAUGAUGUCGCCGCCAGCAUCUCCUGAAAUUCCUGCAGAAUUAGAAGAUUUUGAUGAAGAUGAUGUUUAUUUUUGUUGGUUCUAUAUAAAUUGUCUCCAGUUUGGUAAAGAGGAACAUAAAAGAAUUGAAACUUGUUUUGAUCAUCUUGAUGAAGCGGAUUCAAAAUUAAUUUAUUCAUGGUAUGAUGGUGCUCUUCAAAAUUAUACAACACUCUAUGAUGGAUUGUGGGAUAUCAUUUGCAUGGCGGAAAGGAACAGAAGGGAUGAAGGAUUUAAGACUGUUGCAAUGAAAAGCAUUGAAGUCCCGUCAGUUGGCUGUGAGCAGAGAUACAACAUGGACACUUGUGAACAUUUUCGUCUCAUGAUGGAGUGCACGACGGAGUUGUUCGCAGUUUUGAAAAAGGAAGGCAAAUGCGAGCAAGGAGAAUUCGAGGAUGGAAGCUAGAGGCGAAAAAGAAGAUCUCUGAUCAAAGAAAGAUGAGAACACGCCUACAUCAGUGAAUGUGAAGAAAAAAAAAAUAUGUUGCAAUAAAAUUUCUGCCCAACGUU